AUUGUCCGAAAAUUCGAAGGCCUCUUCGUCAUGCGCUACUUUUCGACGAGGGGAGCAGAGCCGUCGCUCUCUUUUGAGGAGACGGUCCUCACAGGACUCGCUCUCAACGGCGGUCUCUACAUCCCAGAAUACAUCCCCUCGCUCCCGAAAGAUUGGCAAACCAAAUGGAAGGAUUACUCCUUCACAGAACUCUCUGUUGAGAUACUCUCGCUCUACAUCUCGCCCGAAGAGAUCUCGCGCAAUGAGCUCCGCGCACUCGUCGACAAGUCGUAUCGCACCUUCCGACACCCGGACAUCACCCCCAUCAAGAAGCUAAACGACAAGACGUACGUGCUAGAGCUCUUCCACGGGCCGACGUUUGCGUUCAAGGACGUCGCGCUGCAGCUGCUCGGGAACCUCUUCGAGUUCUUCCUCGCGCGGCGGAAUGCGCGCAAGGCGCCUGGAGAGAAGCCCGAGCGACUGACCGUCGUCGGUGCUACGAGCGGCGAUACUGGCAGUGCAGCGAUCUAUGGUUUGCGCAACAAGGCCAACAUCUCCAUCUUCAUCUUGCACCCCAAAGGCCGCGUCUCGCCCAUCCAAGAAGCACAAAUGACGACCGUCACCGACGCGAACGUGCACAAUCUCGCUGUGCACGGCACCUUCGACGACUGCCAGGACAUCGUCAAGGCCCUCUUCGCCGACGCACCCUUCAACGCUGCGCACCACCUCGGGGCGGUCAACUCGAUCAACUGGGCGCGAAUCCUCGCGCAGACGAUCUACUACUUCCUCGCGUACUUCCGCCUGCCGCACGGCGCGGAGGCGCAGUUCGUCGUCCCGACGGGGAACUUUGGCGACGUCCUCGCGGGCUACUACGCGAAGCGCAUGGGACUCCCGAUGGCGCGCCUCGUCGUGGCAACGAACGCGAACGACAUCCUCGCGCGCUUCUGGCGGAGCGGCGCGUACGAAAAGGUUGACUCGUCCGAUGGCGCAGCGAACGUCGUGUCGGACGGCAAGCAGGCCGGUGGCAGCGUGAAGGAAACGCUCAGUCCCGCGAUGGACAUCCUCGUGUCGAGCAACUUCGAGCGGCUGCUGUGGUACCUCGCGUACGAGGGCGAGAUCGGGAACGCAACGGACAAAGCGAAACGUGAUGCGGCGUGUGCGACGGUAGACAGAUGGAUGCGUGCAGUGAAGAGCGACGGGCGGGUGCAGGUGUCGAGCUCUGUGCUCGAGCUAGCGAGGAGAGAUUUCGUCGCCGAGCGAGUCUCCGACGAGCAGACGCUGGAAACCAUCCGCUCGUACUAUGCAUCCGAACCCCCCUACGUCGCCGAUCCCCACACAGCCGUCGGCCUAUCCGCCGCACGCAUUCUGGCCAAGCACAACCCACCACAAACCGUGCAAAUCGUCCUCUCUACUGCCCACCCCGCCAAAUUCUCUGAAGCAGUCACCCGUGCGCUGCAUUCCUCGCCCUCUUUCAACUUUGAACGGGACGUCCUCCCAUCCGAGUUCAAGGGCCUACUUGAGAAGGAGCGCCGCGUGAUCGACGUUGAGAUCCCCGACGUCGAAUCCGUCAAGAAGGUCAUAGAGAGCUUCGCAGACACCUUCGACAACACCCAAAAGCUGCAGGUGCCGACGGCCAGCGUCUGA